AUGCUUCUGCUAGGUCUCACGGGCAGUAUCGCCACCGGCAAGUCUACCGUGUCAAGACUGCUGUCGGCGCAUCCUUAUUCACUUCCGAUCGUCGACGCCGAUCAGAUUGCACGUCAGGUCGUCGAACCAGGAACCGCUGGUUAUAGCAAAAUCGUCUCACAUUUCGGACCAUCAACGCCUGAUCUCCUUGUACCGGUCGACCCCUCUUCAGGUGGUGAAAAUGGACCCAAUGGCAAAGGCAGACCGCUCAACCGGCCGGCUCUGGGACGUCGGGUAUUUGGUGAGGGUAAAGAGUCGGAUAGGAAGGUUCUAAACAGCAUUGUUCAUCCGGCUGUGCGUCGCGAGAUGUACAAGCAGAUGCUCCAGGCAUACUUGAAGGGCCACUGGGCUUGUGUGCUGGAUAUACCCUUGCUCUUUGAGAGUGGCUGGGAGCCGCUCUGUGGAACCAUCAUGGUAGUCGCAGUCAAAGACGCCCAAAUCCAAAUGCAAAGACUACUGGCCAGAGAUGCCCACUUGACAGAAGAGGACGCAAAAAACAGAGUCGCAAGUCAGUGGGACGUUAGAGAUAAGGCUGCCAGAUGUUUACGCAGAGGCGAGAAGAGCGGAGUUGUCAUUUGGAACGACGGCGAUCAGGAAGAGCUGAAACGCGAACUUGAUAGGGUCAUGGAGGUUGUUAGAACCGGUUCUCCGUCCUGGUGGUCUUGGUUGCUCUUACUCUGCCCGCCAUUGGCAGUUGCAUCGGGAACUUGGAGUUAUCUCAAUGGGGUGUGGGUAAAGAAGAGCUGGGAGAAGGAAAAGCUGAGAGAAAAGGCAAAGCUCUAA